AUGGCAGCUUUUAUUGUGAUUUCUCAGGAGAUGAUCACAGUCCAGGGUGUCGGGGUAAACUCUUCUGCCUACCAGACCCCUUUGGAUGCACCUGUGCUGCAGGAUUCAUGGGAAUCAAUUAAUGUAACCCAGGAACGUAUGGAGCAAAUUGUUUGCAAGAGUGCCAUUGCUCUCCACGUAACAUCUGUACCAAGGAUACAGGAGAAUGCAUGGAUGGGACUGCGUGUCAAGAAGGCUGGACUGGUGUCAAUUGCCAAGGACGUUGACGCUGAUACAUCGAUUCCUGGUACAACAACGGCAAGCUCUGGUACCACUUCUGCAACCACCUCCAUCGUUGAAACCACUUAUGCUACAACUCAUGCAUCUACCAGUGCUACCACUCUUGUCACUCCUACCAUCCCUCCACAGCCUGAUUCUUCUUACGCCAUAGCGAGCUUCUACUACACCAAGGUUAACAAUGGCGAACCUACAACAUUGGUUUGUGUCGUGACAGGAUCCCCUCCACCGACCUCUGAAAACAUCAGUGUCACCCAUUCAACCGGUGAAGAUGAAGGGAUUGUCCUUUUGGAGAGCACUGUCCAUGAAUCAUCCAGGACAUCCCAGUACCAGGUUAGGGUGAGUCUCGGUGAGGCACCUCUGAAUUUCACUUGUCUUUUGCGCAGGCCGGACGGGGAAAGUGUCUCGAAAGAUUUGGCUGUCUCUGUUUUUGAACCUCCAAGUUUUGUUGAAUCUAACAUACUCGUCCAAGAGAUGACAUCUCACUCGGUCACGAUACGAUGGACACCUUGGAAUGAGACUUGUGAUCGUGGUGAUGGGCAAGUGAUUGGAUAUCGAGUCUACUACAACACACCCGGACAGGAUGACAUAGCUAGGGCUUCAAGAGAUCUCAUCAGAGAUACAACUUUCACCAUCGCUAAUUUGACACGGGACACAGAGUAUGAUUUCAGAGUGACUGCUUCUAGAGAGGGGCCAGCGGGUGGAGGGAGGUACAGCUCAUCAGAAAGAGCUAAGACAAAGUGUACUGCACCUUCUGAGGCGCCUGUUCUGUCUGUGAGAAAUAGAAGUCAAACAACCAUCACUUUGGAUUGGGAGGUAAUACCAGAGGAAUCAUGGGGAUGCAGUGCCCUUUCUGGAUUAGAAAUCAAUGUUAGCACCGAUGGACAAAAUGGCUUUCCUCGAACCUUGUUAUUCAAUACUACGGCGGGUACUGCUAACAUUGGACAGCUUGAGGAUUGUUCUACGUAUAACAUCAACGCAGCAUUUAGAAACAAAGACGAGUUGGGGAUCUCUUCAGAAAUAUUGUCAGUGAGCACGUCUUGGAUACGACCCGCUAGUGUAGGAGCCCUACAGAUGUCAUCUCCAAACCAGGCUAGAUCCUAUUGGAAUUUCGACCUGAUAAUCACACAAAUUGAAGUAAGCUGGGAACCGUCAUCUAGUCCAUGCUCCGCUGACUACUAUAUCAUACGCUACAGUCUCUAUCAGAAGUUUGCCUGCCAAUCACUAGAAACCACCCCAACAGAGUUUGAAGUCAACACCACCUCUACACAAUACAAUAAUCUAGUGGGGUUGGAGCCUUACUCGCGAUACAAGAUCUCCGUUACAGCUGUGAAUGGUGCCGGGCAGAGUGAACCCACGAUCGGCUAUUCAGAUACUAGCCCAGGACCACCGUCCAACAUUACAAAUGUAAGGGUUAAUCCAGAGAGGACGUCUCCAACACGAUUAGGAUUCACCUGGCAACCUCUUAACUGUAGAAAUGUGAAUGGAGUGUUCUGGUACUACUAUCCAAGAAUCUACAAGGAUGGUGAUAGAUUUUAUAACAUGGCUGGUGGGACGUACUUGGAUGAUGACUUUUCAUACUCAUCAGUAGAGUUCAAUGGUCUUGAGGCAUGCACGAUGUAUGAACUGUAUAUCCAUGCCGCCAACCGUGCCUAUGGUUAUCGGUCAACUCCUGGAAAUCUGUCUCAUGCUAUCGGUGUAACAGGAGUAACUUUCACAAGUGUAUCCGCUUAUGCAACUGAGGAUCAACCCGGUCUGAGAGUUUACUGGCGUGUUCCGUCUCAAUGCAAUGUUGAAUACUACAGAUUAUCAUAUCAACUCAUCUCACGUAAGGCAUGUCAAGAUGUUCCUGUAAUAGAUGCUCAAGUCUACGAACUCAACGUCACAUCAAGUACCACAUAUGUCUCCGAAUACCUUUCAGACUUGGAAUAUUAUGCCACUUAUAACAUCUCCAUCAUAGCUGUGAUAAGGAGAGCAGAGAGUCUACCUAUGAUUGUUAGUGGAGAGACACGAGAUGGAGGUAUGUAA